UUGUAGGCAUUGAGUUUUCUCCUCCCCUAUGUGGGUCCUGGGAACCGAACUCAGGGAGUCAGGCUUUGCAGCAAGUGCCCCCACCCACUGAGCCAUCUUGGAGGCUUUCUUACCUUCCCACACUCAUUUUUCUCUCUUGAGAUAGGUCUCACAUAGUCCAGGCUAGCUCCAUACUCACAAUGUAGCCCAGGAUGCCCAUGAACUGAUCCUCUGCUUCCACCUCCCCAGAGCGAGGCAGACAGGGCUGCAACAGUACACCGGGGACUUCACACAGGCUCUACCAACCCAGCCUCAGCCUCCCCCCUCCUAAGCCUUCAUUCACCAUCUGCUGUGUGCCAGGCAUUGAUGCCACCCAUGCCCAGCGAGGAGAAAGUGAGCCCUUUGCUGCUGUGGUGUCCCCUCCAAGUAUCAAAAGCAAACAUCUGGGAGACUGGAGGGACACGGAAGCCAUGGUGCUCAGGCCCUGCAGUGUCUGUGCGUGUGACUCCUGAAGCCUGGGCAGAUGUCUUGUCUCCCCCAGGGCUCCCCUGUAUAUGCCCCAGGCACGCACGGACACAUGGGUCUGUCUACUUUUCCCUGUUCUGGGACUGAGUCAGAACUAAGGGCCCAGUGGAGCUGUCUCAUCAGGGGAUGCCCCUGCCAGCCAGCGAGGGUGGGAGCUGGAAUGGUUGUCCUUGGAGACCUGUGGGCCAUGUUUACUGGUGGCAUGCGUGAGGCCAACCAGGCCGUCAUCCAGCUGCAGGGUGUGUCUGCACGUGGCCUGCGUCACAUCAUCGACUUCGCCUACAGUGCUGAGGUGACACUGGACUUAGACUGUGUGCAGGACGUGCUGGGUGCUGCCGUGUUUCUGCAGAUGCUGCCGGUGGUGGAGCUGUGCGAGGACUUCCUGAAAGCUGCCAUGAGCGUAGAGACGUGCCUGCACAUUGGCCAGAUGGCUACCACCUUCAGCCUGACAUCACUGCGCGAGUCAGUAGACGCCUUCACGUUCCGCCACUUCCUGCAGAUCGCGGCAGAGGAGGACUUCCUGCGCCUACCACUUGAGCGCCUUGUCUUCUUUCUGCAGAGCAACCGGCUGCAGAGCUGCGCCGAGAUUGACCUAUUCCGUGCUGCUGUGCGCUGGCUGCAGCACGAUCCUGCCCGCCGUGCCCGUGCCAGCCUUGUGCUGCGUCACGUGCGCUUCCCGCUCAUGCAACCUGCUGAACUGGUGGACAGCGUGCAGACACUCGACGUCAUGCUGGACGAUGCCCUCUGUCGCCAGUACCUGCUGGAGGCCUUCAGCUACCACGUGCUGCCCUGCCGCCAGCAUGACAUGCAGUCGCCACGCACUGCUGUGCGCUCUGAUGUAGCGUCCCUGGUGGCCUUCGGAGGCACACCUUAUACCGACAGCGACCGAGCUGUCAGCAGCAAGGUGUUUCAGUUGCCUGAGCCUGGAGCACGCCACUUCCGCGAGCUCACGGAGAUGGAACUGGGCUGCAGCCACGCGGGAGUGGCUGUGCUGGAUAACUUUGUGUACGUGGCAGGCGGCCAGCACCUGCAGCACCGCAGUGGCGAGGGCGCUGUGGAUGCCUGCUACCGCUAUGAUCCGCAGCGCAAUCGCUGGCUGCGGCUGCGAGCGCUGCGGGAGAGCCGCGUGCAGUUCCAGCUCACUGCACUGGGCGGGCUGCUGUAUGCCACAGGUGGCCGCAAUCGCGCGGGCAGCCUGGCGUCUGUGGAGCGCUACUGCCCACGCCGUGACAGCUGGGACUUUGCCUGUCCACUCAAGCGCCGUACCUGGGGCCAUGCGGGUGCUGCAGCCUCUGGUCGCCUCUACAUCUCAGGUGGCUAUGGCGUCUCAGCGGAGGACAAGAAGGCGCUGCAGUGCUAUGAUCCAGCAGCUGACCGCUGGGAGCCCAGGGCACCCAUGCGAGAACCACGCGUGCUGCAUGCAAUGUUGGGUGUUGCUGGCCGAAUCUAUGCCCUAGGUGGCCGCAUGGACCACGUGGACCGCUGCUUCGAUGUGCUGGCUGUGGAGUACUACGUGCCAGAUGCUGACCAGUGGACCAGUGUGACACCCAUGCGAGCUGGUCAGUCGGAAGCUGGCUGCUGCCUGCUAGAGAGGAAGAUCUACAUCGUGGGUGGCUACAACUGGAGGCUGAACAAUGUCACAGGCAUUGUGCAGGUGUACAACACUGAGACGGAUGAGUGGGAGAGAGACCUGCACUUCCCCGAGUCCUUUGCAGGCAUUGCCUGCGCUGCUGUCCUGCUGCCCCGCUCAGGCCAUGGGAGGUAGCUUGGGAUCCUGGCCUGGCUGUGUUCCCCACAAGUGUCAGACCCCCAGCCCAGGGGUCCCUACCUCCCAGCCCCAAGUCAGCAGAGAGAUCUGGUCCCAGAGGUUUAGGUGCCAUGGCAGCCAUUGCCCAAUGGGUGUCUCUGCACUGCCCUGUGUGGUUAGGUCUUGAUAUCCCUCAUCCCUAGCCGGACAGAUGUAAGCUUGUGGACAUAAAACACCAAGUCCUGGGAGGAACAGCUCUCCCUGUCUCCUGUCCCUGUCUCCUGUCUAAAAUCCUAGCCUGGAUCUCUGCCGUGGGACCCACGAGGCAGGGAGACUCUCCAGAACUGCCCUCUGAACCCCAUGUGGGCACACAUGCACACACACAUGCACACACACGCACACACAUGCACACACACAUGCGCACACACAUGCGCA